AUGUUCCAAAGACUCCUCGUCCUCGUUGCUCUCCUCUCGGUCUCGGUGUCGGUCUCCGCCCAGGAAUCCUCCGCUAGCGCGACAACCUCAGGUGUCGCAGCCCCUACUUCGACCGCCGGCAUCCCGAGCUGCGUCUUACAAUGCUCGAUUCAGGCUGCGGCCACCGCUGGGUGUGCCUUCUCGGACCCUGCAUGCGCAUGCUCUACCACGAACGGCUUCCAAGAUGCCGCAACAGCAUGCCUACAAGCAUGCACAGCGGAAGAGCAACAAGCUGCCCUCGGCUUGCAGGCGGCUCUCUGUGGUGCUGCAUCCAGCGGCGCCUUCUCGGACUCUGUCUCUGUCACAGGGUCCGCCACCACCGAGGCCGUAUCCUCUUCCGCCUCCGUCACCACUCCCCUCUCCUCCGCCUCCAUCGCAACCACUGCACCUCUCUCUUCUCCCUCAGUAACCAGGCCUGCUUCCACUUCUGCGCCCGCUACGAGCAGCGGGUCGGGAACGCCAGCUCCGGCAAACACCUCCAACGCAGCCAAGGGUAUGAUGCGCGUUGGCGAGCAGGCAGGAUUGGUCGGUGCCAGCGUGGGGCUUGUGGGCGCUAUCCUUGGCGCCGCUAUGGUUCUGUAA